CAGUAUCAGAGCUCACGUUCUGGACAUGCAGAGACAUCAUUUUCAUAAAGAGCGAUCUGUUUGCAAGGUUCAUGGAUGGACUUCAGACAGCUUCUAGUUAAUCAGAUGCUGAGCGGCUUCACAUCCCAGUCAAACCUCCAUCCUUUCAUCUCCCUGUUCAUCAGAAACACCUCGUUAGGAUAAAUUCAACUGUUCGGCUCGGUGCCCGGUGUCACAGACAUCGUUUCCUUCCAGGUCCAUACUAAAAGCCAAAUGAAGGUGGAGGGGUUACAGGAAGACGGAGGGUCUGGUUCGGUGUCAUCUGUAGAUCAGAGUGCCACUGGUGCCGGUGGGUCGAUGUGCAGCCCCGGUUCGGCUGAACGCUGCAUGUCGCGGCUGCUGAGCGCCGUGGAGAGCGAGCUGCAGGCCGGCCGGGAGAAGGGCGAUCCAACAGAGCGGGAACUGAGGGUGACGUUAGAGGACGCCGAGCUGUGGAGGAAAUUCCAGCACAUCACUAACGAGAUGAUCGUCACCAAGAAUGGACGUCGCAUGUUCCCAGUCCUGAAGGUGAGCGUGUCUGGCCUGGACCCCAGCUCCAUGUACUCCUUCCUGCUGGACUUCGUGCCGGCUGACAGCUGCCGCUGGAAGUUUGUAAACGGGGAGUGGGUGGCGGCCGGCCGGGCGGAAAGCCGCAGCGAAGGCCGGGGCCACGGCGGCAUCUACAUCCACCCUGACUCGCCAAACUUUGGCGCUCACUGGAUGAAAGCGGCCGUGUCCUUCAACAAGGUCAAACUCACCAAUAAGGUGAAUGGAGGAGGACAGAUUAUGUUGAAUUCUCUCCAUAAGUAUGAACCUCAGCUCCACAUCGUGUGUGUUGGCUCUCGCCAUCGACUGGUUUCCAACGUUUCCUUCAAAGAAACACAGUUCAUCGCCGUCACUGCCUACCAGAAUGAAGAGAUCACAGCCCUAAAGAUCAAAUACAACCCGUUCGCUAAAGCCUUUCUGGAUGCCAAAGAGAGGAUCCCAGGUGGGCGGAGUUUGCCUGAGUCAUCAGAGAGCCGUGUUGGGAUUCAGUCCUGUUGGUCGCUGUGCUCAGCUGGAGGAGGAGGUGCUUUUCCUUAUGGCAGCAGCCUCCCGCUGACAUCACAUCAUCACCAUGGUUAUAAACACCAUGGGUACCCUGGGAGACACACACCUUACCCCACUGCCUACCUGCCCCACCGCUCGCACUCCUCAGUGUGUCUCUCUGAAGGUGUUCAGGUGAUAUCUGAUGGAUGGAGCACCUCUUCCCCUCGUCCCACCUCGUCUUCCUCCUCACCCUCCUCUGCCUCCAUUCCCUUGAGUAGCAGUGCCCCUUCAUCACAGCCUCCUCCUCCUCCUCCUCACAGCUCCAGUCAGUACCCUUGUCUGUGGACAGUUGGAUGCAGCGAGCUGAGCCCCUCCCACUCGCCCUGCGCUGGGCUCCACCAUGGACCAAUCAGCAGCGAGGGACUCAUGCAGCCUCCUAGUCACACUCGGAUGGGCGGGGCUGGAUGGCCACCUGGUCCCACACACUCUUUCUGAAAUGUGAUGUGAUUGGCCAAAUUAAUCAGUGAUAACGCCCUGCACACUAGAAGCCUGGUGGUAACCGUUCAGUAUGAUUAUUUGUUAGUAACCUUGGUGACAGCUGCUGGUUAUUUGUACAUAGAGUACUGUAAGCUUUCAUGGCUACUCAUAUCAUGCAGUUGAUAAAAAAUAUAUAUAUUUUAAACACUAUUUGUAACUAUUUAUGACUAUUUGUAUAGAUAUCAUUUCGAAAUUAAUGGUUACUUGUAUCUGCUUGUGGCUACAAUCACAUAGGGAUAGAGAUACCCAACCCCAACCCCAAAAAUAUGUAUUCUUCAACCAGUUGGCGAGUGGUUUCUGGCAGUUGCUUUGUGAAAUUAAUCACAAAGAGGGUGCUGCACAAAACACCUCCUAAAAGUUGCUUUGGCGGGUACCAGAUUGCCGCAGUGACUCACAGUUUUCAUGUAAUAAGCCAACUUAUCUGCAAAUACUCAUCGAGAGUUCAUAACCUACUAGUGAAAUUGGAAACAGAGACCGGUCACCUACAAGUAAAAGUUGGAGCCUCUUAUACACGUUGGGUCCAGCAGUAAGACACAGCAUUUACUUGAUGGUAAACCGUGAACUAUGUAUGCAAGCUCUUGGCUAACAUAGCAGUCUGUUAGUGACCAAAACAGUCUUAUGGCGGUUUUCUGGUGCAGCACCUUCUUUAUGACAGACUUUGUGACCUAACAGCCAACAAGCACUCACCAACCAUUCAGGAAAUACACACUUUUUUUCCUAGCGACCAUAGGCUGACUGCGGUUGAUGGACUGGUUUCUAUGACUUUUAGACCGAGGCCUCAAACAGGAAGUGGCCAGUUGGCUGCUUGUACCACAGCUAUUGGUGGCUACAAUUUCAUUUAGAAGCUGUGACUACUUAUAGAUAACAGUGACAACUCCUGGCUACAAAAAUUCAUGGCUGUGUAUAACUACUAGUGGCUAUUUAGCUGCUGCAGCUAGUAAUACUAGGUGCUAGUAUCUAUCGCUGGUUAAUAGUAUAUCUUUUUAACAACUAGUGGCUUUAACUUAAAGCGCUGGUGUUAUUUCUACAUGGUAACUUCUAGUGGCUGUUAAUGUCUGCUAGUGGCUGCUAUUAGUAGAUAAAGGUAAUCACUGCUGGCCUUUGUUGCAUGUAAGCAGCAGAUACUGGUUAGCAACUGGCAGCUACAUAUGAGUGACGGUGUUAUUUGAGUUAGUGGCAACCAUUUUAGUUAGCAGCUUACCAGUAAAUACCUGUAAAUAAAAUGGUUACAUGUACCUGCUGGUUGUUGAUGCAAUCUAAUGAGCACUGGGGGCCACUUUUAAAAUCUAAUAGGUAAAUAUUUGCUAAUGUCUUCUAGUAAGCAUCUACUGACAGCCAAAUGUUCUCUUGGUUACUUAAACUAAACCAGUACUGUUGGGUUUUCCCCCCUAUUUAUUGGUAAUAAAAAUGUAAAGCAGUGAGAUGAACAUAUGUAAAUGAAAUGUUAGCCAAAAGCCUGCGCUUCAGAUUCCUCUUUAUACUCAAUUUAUAAUUUAUGAAAUUUAAAAUUUUCUGCAGGCUUCCAGAAGUUCGCCAAUCAAAACGAAGAGGGCUUUUAGGGAGGGGGGCCUUAAAGAGACAGGAGCUAAAACACGUUAUUUCAGCAGGUGAACUGAUGGGCUGAAUAAGUUAAGAUAAGUAUAAGAUAAAUGUGGUUUAUUUUCAAAAGCAAAUCAUGCUAAGACUUUAAAUGAGAUGUAUUAUGCUUUUCAUGAUUUGUUGUCAUGUAUUUAAUGUCACAGUGUCAGAUGUUCAUAUUAAACCUGUCUAAAGUUAAAAAUAAUGAAGUAAACUUAUGUAAAAUUAUUUCUUUUGAGACUUCACACUGCUCUGAAUCCUCUGUCUCCAACAUCACGGCUCAUAGGCUUUCAGUGCUGGCUUUGAGAUGUUGGCCAGUCAGAUUUUUAGAGAGGAGGGCCUUGAAGAGCUACAUUUAGAAACAUAAUAGAUUCAUAAUUUGCUAUGAUAUAUUGUCAUAUAUUUGAUGUUUCCGUCUCAGAUGUUCAUUUAAACCUGUCCAGAGUUUAAAGUAAUAAUGUUAAAUUAUGUACACUGCUCUGAAUCUUCUGUUUCCAACAUCACAGCUCACAGGCUCUAGGUGUUGCCCCUCAGCUCUCUUCCAGAUUUUGGGAAAUCAAACAGAAGUGAGCUUUCAUAUGGAGGAGGGCCUUAAAGAGCCAGAGCAUUAUUUAGGACUUUUGAAGAGUUGCAGUAUAUAAUAUAGAGAAUGAAAUUAAAAUUAUUCCCCUUUACCUGACAGUAAAUUUGGCUUCCUUUUCUUGCAGAUAUUAAAGGUCUCUAGCAGGGACUUUUAGUGGCUGCCACUUACUCAUCAAGUCACAUGUAAAUCAACAUUAUAUCAUUUGCUGAAUCAAAGUGUUAAAAGAAAUCAAAUCAAUGUUAAGUCUUGCAAACUCUGUGGUGUUAUGGUGCCCUCUGGAGUCAGAGGUAAAAAAUUCAUGUCUUUGUUGUUGAUGAUGUUGCUUUCUCAUUGUUGUUUCUCCGGAUCUAUUGCUGCCAAGCAGAAAUAAAAGAUAAUUUGAAGAUUAAAUUAAUUAAAUUAAAACAUGCAGUCAGCAAAAACACCAAAUAAUUGUUCUGCUCUCGUUGUUGCUUUUUGUUUGUUUUCUGAUGCAGAAAGAGAGAGGUUGUGAUUCAGC